AUGACGGUAGUGGUGAGCACAGGGAGGCGUGUCGCCCCCGGCGAUGUUGUCUACGCCAGCGGUGCGGACUGCAGCGAGUGGGGCGACGUUGCAGCGGGGGAGGGCUGCUGCACACGACUUGUGGCCGGAGAGGCCUCCGUUGAUGUGGCGGAGGAGCGGCAAAUUAUAGCGACGCGGCUCGGUGUCGUGCAGUGGAGCGAGAGCACCGUUUCCGUCCACCGCGCCCUCAAACGCAGACGGGAGUCCGCCCAUGUCGCGUUGAUAGCCAACGACGCAAAUGACACCGACGCACCUUCCGUCUUGGCGAAGUCAACCACUGUCUUUGGCCCGGGGUUGGGGGACACGGUGCACGUACGUGUGGUGCGUGUGACGCGUGUCUUCGCGUAUGGUGAGAUCAUAGCCGUCAACGGCGUGUGGUGCAGCAACAGCAGCGUGGGCGUUGGACUGGCGGGAUCGUUCCGCGGCGUGGUGCGUCUCGAGGAUAUCCGCCCCUUUAAGCCACGGAAGGACAAGCUGGCCCCACCACCGCCUGCUGCCGCUUUUCAUGCCGGGGACGUUAUCAUUGCGACGGUGCUGUCGCAGUCGGACGUGCGGCAGUAUCAGUUAAGCACGAUGGGAGAGCACUGCGGCGUGGUGGAGGCUGCCGUAGUGGUGGAUCGCGUGCGGGUUAAGCUGCAGCACAUGCCAGGCCGCCGGGACGCGAUGCGGAACCCGAUUGAUGGAACCGUUCACUACCGCUGGUGCCCGCUGAUUUACCCCGCCGUGGCGUAA